UGAACAAUAAUCAUUUCCCCAGAGUAUCUAUACAUACCUCCUCAGCAACGCAGCUGAUACAGCACAGAUUCUUACUAAUCUACCGGCACUUUUGUGGCGAUACGAAUCAUCCCUUCACUGCAAGAGUAGGUCAAUGAAAAAUGGCUCAACCAGCCUCUAGCAACGAUGUUGAGGAUCUAGCGGUGCCAACGACAGAUAAAAUCGCCACAGAAAAAGACGACGAUGAGGAUGUCAAUCUUGUUGACUGGGAUGGCCCAGAUGAUCCUGCCAAUCCUGUGAAUUGGUCAAAUAUGCAGAAAUGGACAGUGAUCGGUCUAGUGUCCUUCAACACUUUCAAUGCAUCGAUGGCUUCGAGCAUUUUCGCCCCAGGAGUACCACAAGCGAUGCAGGACUUCCACUCUAACAGCUCAAUACUCUUUACCUUCGUCGUCUCGGUUUUUAUUGUCGGGUUCAUUAUUGGACCAUUGCUACUUACUCCAGCCAGUGAGCUAUACGGAAGAAUGCCUGUCACACACUCGGCAAACAUCAUAUUUCUAGUUGCUUCAAUAUUAUGUGCGGUAUCAGUAAAUAUACCAAUGCUUAUUGUGUUUCGUUUAAUCAUGGGCCUCUCUGGCUGUGUCCCAGUGACUUUGGGAGCUGGUUUCAUAGCAGACCUGAUGCCAGUUGAGAAGAGGGGGAUGGCACUCGCGAUCUGGACUUUUGGGCCUCUAGUGGGUCCGGUUAUUGGUCCGGUUAUUGGAGGUUAUAUGGCCCUAGGUACGACAUGGAGAUGGACAUUUUGGCUGAUAACAAUUCUUGGAGCAGCAGCCACUAUUGCCAGUUUCCUAUUUAUGCGAGAGACAUACGUGCCAAUCAUUCUCGAACGAAAAGCGAAGGCAUUGCGAAAGUCUACUGGAGGAAAUAUGAGAACGAAAUACGAUAAAGGCCAGACACUGAGACAGCUAAUUGGCGCUGCGGUCACACGGCCUCUCAGAAUGCUGAUUCGGUCCCCUAUUGUACUCAUCCUAUCCCUCUACAUUUCCAUAGUUUACAGUUAUCUAUACCUUCUAUUAACUACAUAUACCGAGAUCUUUGAAGGAGUUUAUGGCUUCAACUCAGGCGAAGCUGGGUUAGCUUAUCUGGGACUUGGGGUCGGAUUUAUUUCUGGUCAAGUCGCCAUCGGACCCUUUUCAGAUCGGUACAUAAAGUUACAAAGAAAACGCCGCGGAUCGGUUCAACCAGAAGACCGCCUGCCUCCAUUAUUGCUAGGUUCUUGUUUGGUUCCUAUCGGUCUCUUCUGCUACGGCUGGUCAGCUGAAGCGAGAACACAUUGGAUAGUUCCCAUCGUGGGAACAUGUAUUUUCAGCGCAGGGGUAGAGUUCACAUUUUUCCCAAUUCAGAUGUAUCUUAUCGAUGCCUUCACUAUUCACGCUGCCAGUGCUGUAGCCGCUAAUACUGUGGUUCGGUCGAUCUUUGGUGCUCUAGUUCCCUUAGCUGGGAAUCCCCUGUACGACACAUUGGGAUUGGGAUGGGGCAACAGUCUUUUGGCUUUUAUUUCUAUUGCUUUUGUUCCUUUUUCUCUCGUCUUACUCAAAUAUGGGGCUCGGAUUCGCACUAAUCCAAGAUUUCAGGCAAGUUUCUGAAGGAGGAAGCAUUGUCUUAUACUCAUGGUGUUGUUGGGCGGUUUGGCAUCUAAACGACUCGCGGAGUAAAAAUUUGUUCUUAUCAAAUGAGUAAAAACCCUGAUACAAGGACUCACCAAGUCUGAAAACUUUUUUUUUUCAAGUCUAAGGCCGGUCUAAUUCCUGGUCUUCUA